GAUUCUUUGAAUCUAUGAACACAAGAAAUGGAAUUAUUUUAUUCCUUGCAGACUGGCCGGCGGAAUCUCAGCUCCACUGCCCAACCUUUAGCUUGCGACAUGAGAGUUUGAAAAUCUUGAAUGCAAGAUCAUUCACCAGCUUCGAACUCUCAACCAGAGCUUCAUCUCUCUCCUGCUUCAACCUCCCAUGGUUUCUUUCUUUGCUCCCCUCCCAAAACCUCUUUUACAAAACCCGCAUGUUCCCUCGAGACACAGAGAUCAUCUUCAUGAUUCCCGUUUAAUUUCUUCCCCCAAUCUUCCAUGUCAAAAUCACCGGUCUCCGUCCUUGCAUCGACUGAGGAUUUCCAGGAGUUCUGAUCGUCCUGAUAUUUUUGCUGAUUUUAGUGGUCAGAUAUCAGAUAUUCCCCUCCUUUCUUCCUCAGAGGUUAUUGAAGGGAUCAAAGGAAGCCGAGAAAACUACAAAGGAAAACAGCAGUUUCUGGCCAUGUACUCUAAUAUUUCUGGUGGAAUAACAACAGAGCCAUCAGCUAUGCUGAUUCCUAUGGAUGACCACAUGGUGCACAGGGGGCACGGUGUCUUUGACACUGCUGCUAUUAUGGAUGGACACCUCUAUGAAUUAGAGCAACACCUUGAUCGUUUUUUAAGAUCUGCAUCCCUGGCAAAGAUUAAUCCCCCGUUUGAUCGGGAGAACAUAAGAAGGAUACUCAUUCAAACUGUAAGUGCUUCCAAGUGUAAGAAGGGCUCAUUAAGAUAUUGGCUUUCAGCGGGACCUGGUGAUUUUCAGCUAUCUUCAACUGGCUGCUAUCAGACAGCUCUUUAUGCUAUUGUGAUUCAAGAUCUCUCUACCUUUGAUUCACGAGGCAUUAAAGUAGUGACUUCAUCAGUUCCUAUAAAACCCCCAGAAUUUGCCACAAUGAAGAAUGUGAAUUACCUUCCUAAUGUUCUUUCGAAACUGGAAGCCGAAGAAAAUGGUGCAUAUGCAGGCAUUUGGCUGGAUGGUGAUGGGUUUGUUGCUGAGGGGCCUAAUAUGAACGUGGCAUUCGUUACCAAGGACAAGGAGCUUUUGAUGCCACAGUUUGAUAAAAUUUUGAGUGGAUGCACAGCCAAGAGGGUCUUGAUGUUUGCAGAUGGAUUGGUAAGAGAAGGAAAGCUCCGUGCAGUAAGUGUACGAAAUGUGACUGUGGAAGAAGGAAAAAAAGCAGAUGAAAUGAUGCUUAUUGGAAGUGGAGUUCUUGUCCGUCCUGUAAUUCAGUGGGAUGACCAAGUCAUUGGUGAUGGCAAAGAAGGUCCUGUGGCUCAUGCAUUAUUGAAUCUUAUACUGGAGGACAUGAAGUCUGGUCCCUCUACCGUCCGAAUACGUGUUCCAUACUAACCAAUAAUCUGCUUCCCUGGCGUCCAAAGUAAGGGCUGGCCUCAAGCAGCAAUGAAAUAUCCUCUUAGAUUUGCAGGUCGACAUGUUGGCAUGAUAGUCGUUUUAGCUUGUAAGGUAAAAUAUUCGUAUGAUCCAAAAUAGAAGACCUUAGAAUCUAAUCCUGAAGAUAUGCUGAUUAUCUCUUUUAGGCUCCGAAAA